GCUGCCAUGCCAGUUUUAUUUAAGUCAUGUUUUAUUACUAAAAUAAUAACAAGUGCCUGGUUUUAGACGAAUUGUUGUGAUUAAAACGGUUUAGCGCACGUUAUGUGAUGAUGUGUUCGCCGACACGGUCUCUGCGCUGCAGCAUAAUCAUUUCACAUCCGUGGGAUUAUUAGGCACUCACGGAGAUUACAUUUUCAGUGUAGAGUUGGAGGCUAACAUAAAUAAGAGAGGCACACAGUGUAUCUGCAGCAGGAAGAUGAUGGGGGAAAUGAUUUAGCCACAUUAGAGGGCACGUUUUACCACUGCAGAGAGCUCAAAGUCCGGCUGAAGGUUUGUAGUUUAACUCUGGAUCCCGUCGACCGCCUGCUAUAGUUGCUUUAGGAUGGUGCAUGUCUUGGUGCUCUGGCUGGCUGUGUGCCUCAGUGGGACCUGGGCUGUGGACAAGGGCAACUUCAAGACUUGUGACCAGAGUUCUUUCUGCAAGCGUCAGCGAGCAUUGAAGCCCGGCGAGUCCCCUUAUCGAGUCCUGCUGGAGACCAUGGAGCUGACAAACACCAGACUCACCCUGCAGCUCAUUAAUGACAACAACAAGGUGCGUCUGCUGCUCGAGCUCUACCGCCUCCAGGGAAACAUAACGAGGGUGAAGAUUAAUGAGCUGAAGCCUCUGAAGCCUCGCUAUGAAGUCCCAGACGUGCUCGUCAGGGAGCCACCUACAGAGCCCCUGUCUGUGCUGUCUCAGGAUGAGAACGGGGUGGUGCUGUCUCUGGGGGCGGAGUCUCAAAGGGUCAUCGUCAGCGCCCGGCCCUUCCGACUCGACAUCAUGGAGGGGCACAACGUGCUGAUGUCGCUGAACUCGCGCGGCCUCUUGGCCUUUGAGCACCUGAGGAUGCGCAAGGACACUUUCUCCUAUAAAGUAACUAGCACAGUGGCUAGCGUGUGGGAUAAUAUCAAGAGGGUAUUCUCUAGCCAGGCGGAGCCAGAAGCCGAGAAAAAAGAUGAGGCGGAUCCGGCAAACCAGGCCGAGACUGCAAAAGAAGAGGAAGAGAAAGUAGAAGAGGGGAUGUGGGAAGAAACAUUUAAAUCACACUCAGACAGCAAACCUAAUGGUCCAUCUGCUGUUAGUUUAGACUUUUCAUUGCCGGGGGUGGAGCACGUUUAUGGCAUCCCAGAACAUGCGGAGCCCCUCAAACUUAAAACAACAGAAAGCGGGGAUCCGUAUCGGCUCUACAACCUGGACGUUUUCCAGUAUGAGCUGUAUAACCCCAUGGCCUUGUACGGGGCUGUCCCCGUCAUGUUGGCGCACAACACCAAACGGACUACAGGCAUCUUCUGGCUCAACGCUGCAGAAACUUGGGUCGACAUAAGUUCAAACACAGCAGGGAAGACUGUGUUUGGGAAAAUGUUGGAUUAUGUUCAGGGUUCCAGUGAAACGCCACAGACGGAUGUCCGUUGGAUCUCUGAAAGUGGAAUCAUCGAUGUUUUCCUUAUGUUGGGACCAACUCCCAAAGACGUCUUUUCUCAGUACGCCUCUCUGACAG